GAAUCAAAAUAUGUCUCGGACGCGUGUCGACCCAUGACGAGUCAGAAGGAAGAAGAGCCCAGAACAUUCAUUACAGCUGCUACCUUGCUUUUUACCCUUGCUACGUGUCUCCACGUUCAUUGCUAGUGUGUGUCAGUGUGUGUAUCCCCAAGCACUUGAAGUGAAAAAACAAUUAUACAAAGAGCAUCAGAAAGAGCGAAAAUGCAGGCCGCCAAGAAUGCAAAGGAAACGGCAACCAACGUAGCGGCCUCCGCUCAGUGUGGCAUGGAGAAGACCAAGGCCACCGUAGAUGAGAAGAUGGAAAUGGGGAAAGCCCGUGACCCAGCUCAGAAAGAAGCGGUCACCAGAAAGAAAGAGGAGAGAACAAUCCAGGCUGAUCGCCAAGAGCAGGAGGCGUGUGCAUGCAACGCAGCAGCCAAACAGCCGGGAAAGGCUGGCACAGGGGGGCCCACUGGCGGGCAUCCCACCGGAACCAACCCAACGUCAGCCUUGCCUGGACAAGGCACUGGCGGGUAUCCGAUCGAAGGUGUGGUGGGGUUGCACCCCAUUGGGACCAAAAAAAGCUAGCACAGGAAGGCCCAAUGCCAAUGACCCCCGUGUGGAGCAUGACCCCCGUGAUCAGGGUUAUGGCCCUUGAAGUUGGAUUAAUAGAGCAUGAAUGGAGGCACCGUGAAUGUCCUGUGUAACUGUUGGUUUGAUGUUUUUUGUACUGCGUUUUUUUAUUUUUUUUAUUUUUUUCAGUGCCUAGUGGUUUUCCCGCAUUUAAGCUGGUGUUUUCUGGCUGACCUUACAUGCUCUAACUAUGCACGUAGUUCGGUGUUCCACUUGAAUAAAAAUACAAUGCUUAUGCAAUAAAUGUUUUGAAGUA